AUGGUCAAUCUCACCCAAUUAAAACACCUUGACCUUUCUCAUAACAAAUUCAGUGGUACCCUCCCGUCUGAUCAGUUGUGGAAUCUCAAGAACUUGAAGUUUGUAGAUCUUGGCCACAAUCAGUUGACCGGUCCAAUCCUUCAAUCUUUUGAUUACAUGUUCAAUCUCACCCAAUUAGAAUACCUUGACCUUUCCAGUAACAGUUUAAAUGGUACCCUUCCAUCUCAAUUGUGGAGUCUCAAGAAUUUAGAGAUUCUGGAUCUUAGCCACAAUUGGUUGACUGGUCCAAUCCUUCAAUCUUUUGCUUCCAUGUUCAAUCUCACCCGAUUAGAAUACCUUGACCUUUCUAGUAACAGUUUAAAUGGUACCCUUCCAUCUCAAUUGUGGAGUCUCAAGAAUUUAGAGAUUUUGUAUCUUAGCCACAAUCAGUUGACCGGUCCAAUCCUUCAAUCUUUUGCUUCCAUGUUCAAUCUCACCCGAUUAAAACACCUUGACCUUUCUCAUAACAAAUUCAGUGGUACCCUUCCAUCUCAAUUGUGGAGUCUCAAGAAUUUAGAGAUUCUGGAUCUUAGCCACAAUUGGUUGACUGGUCCAAUCCUUCAAUCUUUUGCUUCCAUGUUCAAUCUCACCCGAUUAGAAUACGUUGACCUUUCCAGUAACAGUUUAAAUGGUACCCUUCAUCUCCAUUGUGGAGUCUCAAGAAUUUAG